AUGGGUUGGUUACUUGAAGGAGAAGCGCCAAAAGCGACCCCGCUAGGCGGAGGACCCUACUCUCGGCUCAAAGAGCCUAUGAAAUUGUCUAACGCCCUUGACGGGGUUGAGUAUAAUGAUAUCACAUCUCUUCUGGGUCGAGAAUAUCCAAAAGCUAGUCUUACCGAAUGGAUGAACGCUCCAAAUAGCGAUGAGCUCAUCCGGGACUUGGCCAUAACUGUCUCACAGCGUGGAGUUGUCGUAUUUCGAGCCCAGGACGGCGUAGACAAUGAAAUGCUGAAAAAGAUAGCCCUUCGGCUUGGCGAGCUGACUGGGCGACCAGAAGAGUGUGGGCUUCACAUCCACCCAGUCUUCAACAGCGCGAGGGAGGGUCUGGAGGAAGACAACCAGAUUAAUUGCGUCAGCUCCGACGACCGCAAGAAGCUGUACAACAGCAAGAAAGCCCAAUCACACAAUAACUGGCACUCAGAUGUCGGCUUUGAGGCCGUCCCAGGCGAUUAUUCCGUCUUUAUUGUGCCAGAAAUUCCGGAGACUGGAGGAGACACCAUGUUUGCAUCCGGAUGCGAGCUUUACGAUCGUCUCUCGAAGCCCAUGCAGCAGUUCGUUGAGAGCCUCACGAUCAUCAACGGAAGCCCGUCAUUGGAGGAUGCCGUGCAAGCAAACAACCCUAAUCUGUACGCCAAAGACCGUGGCUGCCCUCAAAACUCCGGGCUUCACUUCCGCCACGAACAGCCCUUUGUGCGAACGAAUCCGGUGACGGGAUGGAAGUCGAUUUAUGCCCUGGGCCAGAACACUAUAUCGAUCAAGGAUCUUGCACAAGAAGAGAGUCAAAUGCUGCUUGACUGGGUAAUCAGCAUUCUGUACAAAAACCAUGAUACGACGGUCAGGAUCAAAUACCUUAAUCGCAACGAUCUCGUUAUCUGGGACAACCGGAGCACAUUCCAUUGUGUGACAUGGGAUUAUGAUCAUCUUGGACCUCGUAAAGGGAAGAGGGCAUUGGGUAUCGGCGAGAAGCCGUAUUUCGAUCCAAAUUCGAAAUCGCGUACGGAAGACCUUGGUUAUUGA